UAGUCAGCAGUUCUCAUUCUUGGCGGAGAUCUCGAGACAGGACGGACGUCACUUCAGCAGUCUCCUUGUAAACGUUGUUUUCUUUCUCAGCUCUACGUUGUUUAUCAUAAUGCCGGCAUCUAAGAAGCGCGCAGCUCUGGACACUGAACCCGACACAGUGAACAAAGCGCCCACCAAGCCAAAGCCCAAGAGGAAGAAGCCCAGUCCUCCCAAGGUCCCAAAGUGUGGAUGUAGAGCAGACUGUAGGACAAGGAAGUGUGCCUGUGGGAAGAGGGGAGAGGCAUGUGGGGAGGCCUGCAAGUGUAGCGACUGCGCAAACCCCUUCAAGAUCUUCAAAGAGUACGACAUUGACCUCGGGUCAGCAGCCCUGGACGAAUGUCUCAUGGACAACAUCUACAAGGUUAAGGACCUGCGAGGCCGUCUGGAGCAGACUUAUGAGCUCGAGUGCUGCGAGGAGUCUGUACAGCUGAAGGAUAUGGUGCCCGGGGUGGCCCACUGUCCCGGGGAGGAGUGUGGGUAUGAGUGGCAGUACUCCUGGUGCUGGAACAGCUUCGUGGACUACGAGAACCGUCCCAGGUACCACUGUGAGAAGUGCCACGGGUGUGGGGACUACAGGAGUGACCACUGCGAGAUUUUGAAGGGAGGGAAGGAAGGAAAGAGACCUGAGAUCGCCAUGCCUUCCAAAAAGAAGGACUACGACCUUGUCGAGGACGGGUACGACUCGAGGAUACCUCUACACAACGAGGAAGCUUUCCAACAUGGGAUUAUCUUCCAGGCCAAGUAUAUCGGGACCCUGGAUGUUCCUAGACCCAGCAGUCGUGUGGAGAUUGUUGCUGCCAUGAGGAGAAUACGGUAUGAGUUCAAAGCCAAGGCCAUCAAGAAGAAGAAAGUCAACAUCACAAUCUCAGUAGAUGGUGUGAAGUGUGCAUUGAGGAAGAAGAAAAAGAAAAAGCAGUGGACCUGGGAUGAGAGCAAGCUCCUGCUGAUGUCACACCCUAUCUACAGAAUAUUCUACGUGUCGCAUGACUCCCAAGACUUGAAGAUUUUCAGCUACAUCUGUCGAGACGGCCCCAACAAUGUCUUCAAGUGUAACGUCUUCAAGGCUAACAAGAAGAGCCAGGCCAUGCGUAUAGUGCGGACCAUCGGGCAGGCGUUUGAGGUGUGCCACAAGCUGAGUCUGCUGCACGCCGCGGCACAGGGCGACGGACAGGCGGACGGGGAGAGUGACAAGGCAGAGGAACACAGUCCAGGUCACCGAACGGUUGACGGGAGCAACGCAGUAGACGAAGAUGAGCAUGUCGGAGAGACGGACAUCGAUGCUGAGGAGAUACCAACCACAGAUUACGCCACGCCAGCCUCGCGGGGGGUCACCGACCUGGACAAGCACUUCGAGGCCAGGAAAGUCUGCGGAGAGGAGGGUGCCACCUUGUCCUCUCCUCUCCAUACCCCCUACAUGACGCUGCCCCAGGGGGCAGGGGACAGCCAGGCGUCAUCCACCCCCCUCAGCAUGCACCACCAGGUGCAGCUUCUCCAGCAGCAGCUGCAGCAGCAGCAGCAACAGACGCAGGUGGCCAUCGCGCAGGUGCACCUGCUGAAGGACCAGCUGGCAGCCGAGACAGCAGCCAGGAUAGAGGCUCAGGCACGUACCCACCAGCUCCUCCUGCAGAACCGGGACCUGCUGCAGCACGUCGGCACGCUGGUCGCCAACGUACAAGAGCUGGAGACGCAGCUCACGGGACAGAGCUACAGCGAGACCAUCCCGCCCCUCUCCAACCCCCACCCCUCCAACAUCCCGCCCCUCCCAGACACAAACACCCCCGCCCCGGGGGUCGUCAUCCUCCCAGAGUUCCAGGAUGUUGAGGAUGCUCAGCAGGGCGGAAUCUCGUCCCACGUACCCGGGAUGUUCGAAAACACCAGCUUAGGUAUUCAACCUCUUGUAAAAGAGCACGCUAGUAAAGAACUCCUUUGUGAUGGUGACUCCAGCCACGUACCCUCCAGUCCUGUCAAGGGUGGUGCGAAAGACGAGUCUUCCUUCCUCCUGGACUUGGACAGUGAUUCUGGGAUCAACGGAAACACGUCGGAGGUCGAGAGUGACAGGAAAGAGCUGUCUAAUGAGUCCAUCUCCAAGCCGAGACCGGAGCCAAAGAAAACCGUGUUGCACACCUCAGCAGGGCCUGAUGGGAAGGUAAAAGUCCUCGUACCCCUUCCACAAGAAGGGUCGAUAGACGGCAGUCAAGAGUUCAAUAUCACGCCCAAAAUAGACCCCCCUCCCAAGUCCAAACGCAGCAGGAAUUCUUUAAAAACCACGCAGGAUCUGAUGGUACCGGAGGGUGAGCUUGCGGCGGAGCAGCAGGGUGCGGAGAGCGCCGAGGCGAACGGAUCCGAGUCGGAGUCGGCCAUUUCGCCGAGCGAGUCGAGCGGGUUCGGCAGCAGCCAGAGCAAGUCGCCAAGCUUCGAGAAUGACGGAAACUUGAACGAUUUGAAUUCGAGCCCGAGAAAGGGUCAGAAGUUGGGUCUGAACGAGAUGAAGCUUCACAUCAGCUUUUCAGACGACGAGAACACAGAACUGUCGGAGGAUUCUGGAGUUCCAAGGGACAGAGAUUCAGGAGGAUUCAGACAAACCCAGACCAUGGAGUCUUUGGGUUUUGAAGACUUUGAUCCAUUUAACUGAUGAUUGUAGAAAGAUUACUAUCCAAUGUCAUUUUAGCUUUUUUAAAGGUUUUUAAUGUUAAGACUAUUGAAACAUUAAAAAAAAGUCACCAAUACAUCAGGUAGACAGCAAUUUUAAGUACUUACCGGGGGUAAU